AUGUCUAAGAAAGGAGGACAAAAACCUGGGCCUGAGCAGCCAAACGGGAAGCCUGCAGCAAAAGCUAGCCCGGCCAAUGCAUGGAACCGACCAUUGAAAGCACGAGCUCCUGGUCCUCCACCUGGAAUGGGACCACCCAGUAAACCAAACACGCAAGGCAGCAAGGAUAUUGAAGUUAGCGGUGUCCUACGAGAUCGUUUGCUUCAUUUGGCCCUUUCGAUGGUAGGUCAAAAGGUGGUUUUGGCGCUAACAAAUGGUAGCGUUAUGGAAGGUGUAUUCCACACGUUUACCCCAUAUCCCAAUCUGAAACCUGAAUUGAAAAACAAAUACGCGCUCAAGUCUAUCAGAGUCACAAAACCACCCACCAAUGGAGAGAAACCAAUCGAAGACGGAAGCACAGUUGUUAUCCCAGUGGAGAGAGUCGUUUAUCUCCAUGCAAAGAAUGUCAGUUUGGAUCGCCCAGCUGCCAAUGGAGGACCUGGAGGUCCCAAUGCCAAUAACGGUGUCAUGACGGAUACUCAAAUUUCGGGCUCCAAUUCUGACAAAAACCGCGAAUUGGUUUCUGCUGGCAGCGCAUGGACUACGGGUGGAAAAGGAGGAGGGGACCUCGGGAGUUCGCUGGAUGACAAUAAGGGUGGAAUGACUCGCGCCGCCUUUGGCUCUGCUCGGCCCGCCGCCACCGAAGGAGGUUUGAAAGGAGCCAUUGGACAAUGGGAUCAGUUCAAAGCGAACGAAGAACUCUUCAAUGUCCAAGCUACUUACGAUGAGAAUCUGUACACAACCCAGUUGGAUAAGUCUCAGAUUGAUAAAAAGAAGCUUGCUGAAGCUGAGCGGAUCGCCAAAGAAAUUGAAGGCUCCACCAGUACGAAUAUUCACAUUGCUGAAGAACGUGGACAUGCAGUUGAAACUGACUUUGACGAAGAGGACCGAUACUCUGGAGUGCUCACAAAGGAUGGGAAGCAACGGCACGAUGCAACAAAGGCUGCUGCUCCAAAGAUGAAUUAUGCUGCUGCCGCAGCAAAGGCAGAACCCGCAAAGAAGGCUCUGCCGCCGGGAUUGGCCAAAGCAGAAAAGCCAUCUGACGAAAAGGCCAAGGCAGAAUCAACUAGCGCCGAUGCCCCUGCUGCAGCGGACAAGAAGAAAGUUGCUCCAGCGAAAGAAAAGGGCGCCAAAGUGGAAGAAGGAAAGCCUGUUAAAACGGAAGAGGAGAUAGGAAAGACGGAAGCGGCCAAAAAAGAAGAGUCCAAGGAUGCGGAAGCAGGAAAGGACAAGCCAAAAUCCAAACUCAAUGCCAACGCAAAGUCUUUCACAUUCAACCCCUCGGCGAAAUCGUUUACGCCUACCUUUACGGCCCCUGCAGCCCAGCCGCAACCUGCUGCUGAUCCAAAUGCCCAAAUGCAUGCACCACCUAUGCAACCUCCGCACUACAUGCACCCUGGUCCAAUGGGACAACCAGGAAUGAUGCCAAUGAUGAAUCCUCAAUUCCAGGGAAUGCAUUACGCUCCUCAGUAUCAAUCGAUGGAUCCUCAAAUGGCCCCAAUGCAACCUCCACAACCACAACACGCCGAGCCCGCUCCAGCUGGAGAAGAGGCCGGAGCUGCUCCUGCAGGAACAGCUGAAAGCGAAUCUGGAUCACAGCAGCAACAAGCGGAUGAUGCUUCGCAUGCUUCACAACAAAGCCAACCCCAGCAGCAAUUUCAACAAAUGCAGUACAACGUUCCACCACCAGGAGCUUAUUACGGGGCUGGUCAGAUGCAAAUGCAUCCACGAGGGCCACAAUACCCUGCUCAAUUUGUUGGAAACCACCCGCAACAGAUGCAGGUUGUUCCUGGAGGCGCACGUGGGUAUCCUGUUUACCCAAUGCAACCUGGUGCCAUGCCUCCGAACAUGCAACACAUGCGAGGUCCGAAUGGAAAUCCCUACUACGGUGGUCCAGGAGGACCUCCUGUACCAUAUGGUGGUGGUGGAAACUAUGGUCAACACGGUAUGAUGGAGGAUGGUGAUCCGAACUUUCGAGGCCGUGUUGGAGGUAGAGGUGGUGGAAGAGGUGGCCGCGGACGCCGCAAUGGACGUGGAAGAGGACGUGGCGGCUACAACGGUGGUGGCAGGGGAUCAUCACAGCAAAAUCAAGGUUCUAAUGAUUCAGCUGGCAAUGGAAACGAUUCCAAACAGCAGCCGACGGAUAGCAAGUGA